AAUGGUUCUCGUUACCUGAAUUUUCCUUCAUUUUCCUUCAUUUUCCUUCCUUUUUCUUGUUCGGUAUAUUGGCGGCUUCUUUCCUUUUCCCACCUUUCCACUCUCCCUCGAUCCAAUGCUUCAGACCACAGCUCAUCUGUGCGCUCAUCUCUCCACUAACACUACAAUUUCUGCAUAGACCUAGCAUCUCCUUACUUGCCUGCGUUUGUUCUCAACUGUUGUGUUUGGAUUGUCUAUGCUCGAGUGGGAUCACAGUUUCGUUUCUGCCUACGAGAAUUGUCACAAGGAAGUUUGAUCUUCUGUGUUUUUGUGUGUGCUACCGGCGGGAUCCAAUCCAGGGUGGACUGAUAUGGAUCAGUUCGACGCUUUCUUUCGGAGAGCCGAUUUGGAUGGUGAUGGAAGGAUUAGUGGAGCUGAAGCUGUCGCUUUCUUUCAGGGCUCCAAUUUGCCUAAAAAUGUUCUCGCGCAGAUAUGGAUGCAUGCUGAUCAGAGAAAAACAGGUUUCCUUGGUCGACUGGAAUUUUAUAAUGCUCUCAGACUCGUAACUGUUGCUCAAAGUAAGCGCGAGCUAACACCUGAAAUUGUUAAGGCAGCACUAUAUGGUCCUGCUGCAGCGAAAAUCCCCCCACCAAAGAUUGAUCUUUCGGCUGUAUCUGUCACUCAAUCAACUUCAGUGACUGCUGCAUCUCCUCCACAGAUGAGUAUGCCUGCGCCAACGGCACCUCAAAAUUUUGGCUUUAGGGGACAAGGGGUUCCAAACGUGGGUGUGAAUCCGCAGUAUGUUUCAGCCCAGCCAAAUCCUUCCAUGAGGUUACCUCAAGGCACACCUGGUGCUGUUGCUUCCAACACGCAACUGGUUAUUGCUGCUUCUGAAUCCUCCGGAGGAGGAAAUGUACUGGGUUCAAAUCUUCCAAACCCAAAUGGUUGGCUCACGCCAGGUGGUGGCCCUGCUGCUGGGCCUAGGGGAGUUAGCCCUUCUGUGCCUUCCCCAGCUACAUCGUUAUCACCAGCUUUAAUGACUUCACAGUCUAUGCCUAAUAAUACAGCACCAGCUGUUACUGGUAACGGAUUUGCUUCUAAGUCGGCAUUUGGUGCUGACAUGUUUUCUGUUACUCCAUCUCCACCUAGACCUGAAUCUUCUGGACUCAACAAUGCAGCCAAUAAUGGUACUGGUCCAUCAGCGAUUGUUGCAGGUUCCAGUGUAUCCCAGCCUUUAAGUAAGCACAACUCCAUGGAGUCAUUGCAGAGUGCAUUUGUUUCAAGACCAAUAUCUGAUUCACAGUUGCAGCUCUCUCAGACAUCAUUGGAACCUAGCAAGGAGGUUCGAGCAACCAGUCCAUCACCACUUAUAUCUUCUGGGAUCACAACUGGAGCCAGGAACUCUACUUCUGAAAAUACACAGCUUACUUGGCCAAAAAUGAAACCAACUGAUGUUCAGAAGUACACAAAAGUUUUUAUGGAAGUAGACACUGACAGAGAUGGUAGAAUUACCGGUGAGCAGGCACGGAAUCUAUUUUUAAGUUGGAGAUUACCUAGAGAGGUCUUGAAGCAGGUGUGGGACUUAUCUGAUCAAGACAAUGACAGCAUGCUUUCUCUUAGAGAGUUUUGUUUUGCUUUAUAUCUCAUGGAACGUUACAGGGAAGGUCGACCUCUUCCAGCUGUGCUUCCAAGUAAUCUUAUGUUUGAUGAGACUCUGUUGUCCAUGACAGGACAAUCUAACAUUGUCCAUCCGAAUGCAGCUUGGGGUCCUCGUCCUGGAUUUGGACAGCAGCAACCUCAGGUCACUGCUCGGUCAAUGGCACCAACUGUAGGAUUGAGGCCCCCAACAAAUGUACUUGCUUCGAAGGUCGAUGGUGCUAAACUAUCCAAUGAGCAGAAAUCAAGGGCUCCAGUGUUGGAGGAUUCAUUUCUGGACGAUUCUGAGAAGGGCCAACAAAAUUCGGCUAGUUUAAAUGCUCAAGAUGCUACAGCAGCAUCUGGGAAAAUGGUUGGAGAGACAGCGAAUGUUAUUUUGGACUCAAAAGAAAAGAUUAAAUUCUAUCGCACGAUGAUGCAGGAAAUUGUUCUACAUAAGAGCAGAUGUAAUAAUAGAUUAAAUGAGAUCACAGAAAGGGGAUCUGCUGACAAGAGUGAGGCAGAAUCCUUAGGAAAGAAAUAUGAAGAGAAGUACAAGCAAGUGGCUGAAAUAGCAUCUAAGUUAACCAUUGAAGAAGCAAAAUAUCGUGAUGUUCAAGAAAGGAAGACAGAGUUGCAUCAAGCAAUUAUUAAUAUAGAACAAGGAGGAAGUGCUGAUGGUAUCCUCCAGGUCCGAGCUGAUCGAAUACAAUCUGAUAUUGAGGAGCUCAUAAAGGCUUUAACUGAACGUUGUAAGAAACAUGGAUUUGAUGUUAAAUCGGCUGCUAUAAUCGAGCUUCCAGUAGGUUGGCAACCUGGAAUUCCGGAUGAUGCAGCUAUUUGGGAUGAAGAAUGGGAUAAAUUUGAAGAUGAAGGAUUUUCCAAUGAUCUUAACUUCGAUACAAAAGGUGUUUCUGCCUCAAAACCAAAAAUGUCAGAAAGUCAGGGAGAAAAGGGUCUAGCAGAUUAUAAUUCGACUCCUGAUUCAUCGUCAAAUGCCAAUGAGAAAACAGGGAACUCCUUGAGUACCAUCAAUCAUGGCCUUGAGAGUGAUUCUGUGUAUAGUCACAGCGAAGAUGAAUUAGCUAAAAGUCCAUAUGGCAGUCCUGCUGCAAAAACAUCUCUCGAAAGCCCUUCUCAUGAAUUUUCAGAUGCAGGUUAUGAAAAGAGUUCGGAAGCAUAUAGAAAUUUUAAUGAGUCCGCUUGGGGCGCAUUUGACAAUAAUGAUGAUGUGGACUCAGUUUGGGGAAUAAAACCAGUUAAUACCAAGGAGCCAGACUCUGAAAAGCACAGAGAUUUCUUUGGAAACAGUGAUUUUGAUACUAGCUCCGUCAAAACAGGAUCCCCGAAUGCAGAUAGCUUCUUUCAGAGAAAAAGCCCAUUUUUUGAUGAUUCUGUCCCUCCCACUCCCCUCUCUAGAUUCGGCAACUCUUCCCCUCGUUACAGCGAUGUGGGGGAUCACUUCUUUGACCAUUCCUCCAGGUUUGAUUCUUUCAGCAUGCAGGAUGGCAGCUUUUCUCCGCAACGUGAGAAGUUCACGAGGUUCGAUUCAAUAAGCAGUUCUCGAGAUUUUGGCCACAAUCAAGAGAAGUUCUCAAGGUUUGAUUCUAUGAGUAGUAGCGUGGACUUCGGCCAGAGUAGCCAGAGGCACGCCAGGUUUGACUCCAUUGACAGCUCCAGAGAUUUCGGCCACGGCCAUGGCGCCUUCUCUUUUGAUGAUACAGAUCCAUUUGGUACCUCUGGCCCGUUUAAAGUCUCAUCAGAGAGUCAAAGUCCGAAGAAAAGCUCCGACAAUUGGAGAGCUUUUUAAGCAUCAGAGAUCCUGUUUGAGUUUACAUUUGAAUCGAUUCUCUUGUUUUCCCCCACUUUGACUUGUUCAUUAUAAUGAGCCGUGUGCCAUUUUAUCUGCUUUUAUGGCUUGGAAGAACAUGCGUUGGAUGGUCAUAUUUUUGUAUGUUGUGGUGGUGGUUUAUGUAUUUAUUUCAGACAUUGUCUAUGUUGAUGACAUGCUUUGAAAAAGAAAACACGCUUCUCUUGGUUCUCUUUUGGGGGCAAGUUAGAU